AUGGAGAACUGUCUAACUCUCAUUUUGUUGUCUUCUGUGAUCAAACUCGCCACAGCUGGAAAUGUGAGGCUGGUGGAUGGUAGUAAUUCCUGUGCUGGUAGGGUGGAGGUUUAUUACAGUGGAGAAUGGGGAACCGUGUGUGGUGAUUAUUGGGAUUUGACAAACACUGCAGUGGUGUGUAGAGAGCUGGGCUGUGGCGAAACUUCAAACACAAUGCGUGCUGCUCACUUUGGACCAGGAUCAGGAAAAAUCUGGAUGGAUGAUGUGAUAUGUAGUGGAUCUGAGUCCUCAAUAUUUGAUUGCUCAAAAACAAAAAUGAGUGACCAUAACUGUGGACAUAGUGAAGAUGUUGGUGUUAUCUGCUCGGGCAUUAGGUUGGUUGGAGGUUCUCUCUGCUCUGGAAGAUUAGAGGUGCCUCAUGGGAACACAUGGCACACAGUGUGUGACGCUGCCUUUGACCAGCAGGAUGCAGAGGUUGUGUGUAGAGAGCUGAACUGUGGGGCUCCUGUACAGGUGCUGGGAGCAGCUGCUUUUGAUAAAGGAGACGCUCAGAUGUGGACACAAGAGAUUCAGUGCAGAGGAGAUGAGUAUCAGUUUGCUCUCUGUCCAACAUCACUUUCACACAAUUGUUCCCAUGACAGCGAUGUGAGCGUUGUAUGUGCUGAAACAGUGAGAUUAGUAGGUGGUAACAGUCGCUGUGCUGGUAGAGUGGAGGUUCUUCAUGAUGGUCAGUGGGGAACAGUGUGUGAUGUUGGCUGGGAUUUGCCUGAUGCUGCAGUGGUGUGUAGAGAGCUUGGCUGUGGAGAGGCUUUAAGUGCACCAAAGAGUGCUCACUUUGGAGAAGGAUCAGGACCAAUCUGGAUUUCUGAUUUAGUGUGUACUGGAUCAGAAUCUACAUUGAUGAACUGUAGAUUAAUUGGAUGGGGAAUAGAAGCUAAUCAUGCUGAAGAUGCUGGAGUCAUCUGCUCUGGAGUCAGACUGGUUGGAGGUUCUCGCUGUUCUGGCAGAGUAGAGGUGCCUCAUAAUCAGACGUGGAUGUCAGUGUGUGACGCUGCCUUUGACCAGCAGGAUGCAGAGGUUGUGUGUAGAGAGCUGGACUGUGGGGCUCCUGUACAGGUGCUGGGAGCAGCUGCUUUUGAUAAAGGAGACGCUCAGAUGUGGAAACAAGAGAUUCAGUGCAGAGGAAAUGAAUCCUAUAUAUCUUUGUGUCAAACAUCAUUUUCUCUCAAACACAACUGUACCCAUGAGAAUGGCGUUGGACUGUUUUGUUCUGCAUGUUUCAUCUUGUUUAACUAA